AUGAGCUCUUCCACACUCCCUUCCGGGGUUCCUGCCCUCGACUCCACCCUCGGUGCCCUCCUCAUCGGUUCCUUCCUUAGUCUUAUUCUUUUUGGGGUUGCUUUGUAUGAGGGAUACACGUACUUCAAGAAUCGCCACUAUGAAACCGCUACGAUCACGACUCUGGUAUCCGUUGUGCUAGUCUUCGACACCGUGCACGUGGUCUUGAUCAUGAUCAGCGCGUAUCAUUACACGGUGACCAACUUCGCAAAUCCAGCAUCGCUGAACACUGCGUACUGGUCUCUGAACGUGGUACCCCUCGUUGGAGCCGUCUUGUCAUUACUUUCACAGGGUUUCUUCGCACGACGAGUUUCUCUCAUCUCACCCCUUUACGUCGUCUUCGCGGUUAUCGCUGCGAUGGGUGUCGUCACAGCAUCCGUUUGUACCUUUAUUAUCACUGUCAAGGGAUUCUCCUCAGGCACCUUAGACCUCGUCGUCGGCAACCACCUCUAUUCCGAGAUUGCGCUUGGAAGUGUCACUCUCACAGCGGUCUGCUUGACCGGCUCGCUCCUCAGCGUACUCGUUCGCGCACGGUCAUACCAGACGCGAGUACCGAAUACGUCCGAUUGGCCAGAACACUCACUACGCAAGCUCUGGGUGGUUUGGGUCGUCAACACUGGAACUCUCAUCUUCUGUGCAUGCACCACCGCUCUGGUUCUUGCGGUCGCGUCCCCACACUCGCUGUGGUGGGUCAUGUUCUAUUUCAUCUCUGUCCGACUCGAUGUCAUCACCCUUCUGAGCGUGUUGAACUCGCGACGGAUCGUGCCCGUGAACGCCGACGUGCUCGAGGCCGGCGGGGGGUACGGCCGCAGCGUGCUCGCGCGCGCGAACCGCCUCGCGACCGUCGAGCGCUGGAACAUUCCGGAGCUGCCGGAAGAAUCGCCCCCGGCGGUGAUCGACAUCAAGGUCACGCACGAGGUCGAAGGCCGCGAGAGCGCCGCGAUCGAGAUCCCCCGCCGCGGCACUCGCAAGUUCCGCCGGUGA